AGCCACAACAUACUGGAUUUUGUUUAUUUAUUUAUAAUGCAAUAAAAUUUGGUCUCUUGGCAGAAUAAGGUGUUUAACAAGACAAUAACACAUAUUUGUUGUAGGUGGGGUUUUCGGCUAGGAAGUGGAAAUGUAAUUUUGGGUGGGUUGGGAAUGAGCCAUAGUAGCUUGUGAAGCAUUUUGAUGUUUUAUGCACUGAAAUUGUAUGUCUUCUCCAACUACAUUGAUUGGCUGUCUUUUUUCUUCCAAAGGUUAUAAUAGUGCCAAUAUGGAUAGUGGUGAACCUCGUAAAAAAAGGCAAAGAAAGGUAAUUAACAAAAUGAUUUCCUUGCAUGUCUUAGUGAAAGUAAUUUGUCUUGUGCAUUAUUGUUUCUAAUCUAUAUGUAGGGAGGAGGAAAUGUGAGGUGCAGUUCAAUGAAAGUGAUUGAAAUUAUAAGUUGUUUAUAUGAGGAAAAGAGAGGAUGGGUUGGAGAAAUGGGCUUCGGCGAGUUGCUAUACAUAAAGAAAUUUAGGCAUGAUCAAACAUUAUGUGAAUGGUUGAUGAGGAAACAUUAUGUGAAUGGUUGAUGAAGAAAUUUAUCUGAUGCCGUGAAUGAGGUAUGAUUUGACAAAAACUUGUAUAUCAAUGUACUUUUAUGGUUGUGUUGAUCUUUACUUAUGUUAUCUUUCUUCUUUUUUCAGAAAUCUUCUUUGAGACUGCGAGAGAACUUAUUCCUUGAGUGGAUACAACACAAGGAAAACAGCUGUUGGGAAUCAAUGAAGGAAAGCAUAUUUUGAGUAAUAGAGAGAUUAUGUGCAAGUGGGAGAUGGUUUGCCAGACAAGAGAGACACGAGAUAACUUUUUGGUGAUUGGAUGUAAAUGUUUGUUGACAGACAUGGUAACUACUUUGUUGAAAUGGUACAUUUUGGUGGGGGUAUGGUUCUGCGUGAAUCAGAUGGAUAUUGUCCUGUAUGGUGAUCAAUUUAUGUGAAUCAUAUAUAUUUGGCGUGAAUCAGAUGGUGUUGACGUGAAUGAGAACGUGUUUGCGUGAACUAGAUAUUGUUGGCGUGAAUGGUGAUCCAUUUGCGUGAACCAUAUAGUUUUGGCAUGAAUCACAUAGUGUUGACGUGAAUGAGAAUGUGUUUGCGUGAAUCACAUAAUGUUGGCGUGAAUCAAAUGGGUAUUGGCGUGAAUCAUAUGGUUUUGGCGUUUUCAGAGAUGAAUGUGCGUGAAUUAGAUGUGUAUUGGCGUGACUUAUAGUUUUGGCAUGUCCCUAAAUGAAUAUGCGUGAAUCAGAUAAAUAUUGGCGUGAAUGGUGAUCCAUUUGCGUGAACCAUAUAGUUUUGGCGUGAAUCACAUAGUGUUGACGUGUAUGAGAAUGUGUUUGCGUGAAUCACAUAAUGUUGGCGUGAAUCAGAUGGGUAUUGGCGUGAAUCAUAUGGUUUUGGCGUUUUCAGAGAUGAAUGUGCUUGAAUUAGAUGUGUAUUGGCGUGACUCUUAUAGUUUUGGCAUGUCCCUAACUGAAUAUGCGUGAAUCAGAUUAAUAUUGGCGUGAAUGGUAAUCCAUUUGCGUAAACCAUAUAGUUUUGGCGUGAAUCACAUAGUGUUGACGUGAAUGAGAAUGUGUUUGCGUGAAUCACAUAAUGUUGGCGUGAAUCAGAUGGGUAUUGGCCUGAAUCAUAUGGUUUUGGCGUUUUCAGAGAUGAAUGUGCGUGAAUUAGAUGUGUAUUGGCGUGACUCUUAUAGUUUUGGCAUGUCCCUAAAUGAAUAUGCGUGAAUCAGAUUAAUAUUGGCGUGAAUGGUGAUCCAUUUGCGUGAACCAUAUAGUUUUGGCGUGAAUCACAUAGUGUUGAUGUGAAUGAGAAUGUGAUUGCGUGAAUCACAUAAUGUUGGCGAAAUCAUAUGGUUUUGGCGUUUUCAGAGGAGGAAUUUUACAAUGCUAUAUAGUAUUGGUGCUAUAGGUUUUUCCCUUUAUGGUACAACUUGAAGUUGUACCUUUAACGUUAUGGUACAACUUCAUAUUGUACCUAUACUCUUUUGUCAAAUUGUUUUAUGGUACAACUUAAACUUGUACUUUCAUUUGAUGGUACAAGUUUAAGUUAUAAAGUUGUACCAUAACAUAAGAGCACAAAUUCUUUUAUGGUACAACCUGAACUUGUACAUUUAACGUUAUGGUACAACUUUAAGUUGUACAUUAAAGUACCAAUACUUUAUAGCAUAGUAGAAGUGCUCGUUUUCAGAGAUGAAUGUGCGUGAAUUAGAUGUGUAUUGACGUGACUCUUACAGUUUUGGCAUGUCCCUACAUGAAUAUGCGUGAAAUCAGAUUAAUAUUGGCAUGAAUGGCGAUCCAUUUGCGUGAGUCAGAUUGUUUUGGCGUGAAUCACAUAGUGUUGACGUGAAUGAGAAUGUGUUUGCGUGAAUCACAUAAUGUUGGCGUGAAUAAGAUGGGUAUUGGCGUGAAUCAUAUGGUUUUGGCGUUUUCAGAGAUGAAUGUGCGUGAAUCAUAUAAUGUUGGCGUGAAAUAGAUAGUGUUGACGUGACUGGGUAAUUUUUUGAAAUGUAUAUACUAAUAUUUAAAAGUUAUUACACAAUUGAAUUGAUAUAAAACUAUAGAGUAACUCAUAUUCGACGAUGUGAUGUGAGUAUUGCACUCAAACUCGUGAAUGCGUUGUUGAGCAUGUUAUCUAACAUACUAGACUAUUAGUUUGGUAUGUUAUGAGUUCUUAUAACAUGUUGAAUAGUUAUACCUUAUUGAUCUUCGAGUCUGGUCUCUUGGCACAUCUAGAGAGAAGAACUUUUCCUUGAUCUUAUUUGAAUAUAGUGGAGGGGAUUGAAUAUGCGUAAAUAGUUACAAGACUAACGUGAAUAAAUGUCUGUUUAUGCGUGAGUAGGGUAUGCUUAUGCGUGAAUAGUGUUAUAUUGGCGUGACAGUGUCUGUUUAUGCGUGAGUUUUAAUGUUUUAGCGUGACAUGGCGUGCAUUUGUGUUAAUCACAUGAAAAUACGGCCUUUUAGGAAGAGAGACCGGGUUUUUGGGAAGAAGCCGGGUUUUGUUAAGGAGAGGGUGUUUUUUUAAGUGUGCCCCCUGCUUGUUUGAUAAGAACACGACCGACUUUGUUUUUAUACUGGGUUGAUUGUUUUGGCGUGACUGAGAUCAAAUAUGCGUAAAUAGUUGAAGACUUACGUGAAUAAAUUUGAUUUUAGGUGACACCUGAAAGGUUUACGUGAAUAAGAAAUUGUCAUAAAUUAACAGUGAACUAAUUGCACUCAUAACAUCCAGGGGUUACAAUGAAAAUAUAUCUCAUCCAUGAGAUUUACACAAUGGAUAAGUUUGGUAUGGUCCACAAAAUAACCAAAGACCAUCCGUAUAGAAUAAACUCAUUAUAUGUGCAUCCUCCUGUAUUGUUUAGUAGCUAAUAUGUGAAUAUAUACUUCAUCUAGAAUCACUUAUGUAGUCAAUAUGCAUUCUGCAAUAUCAAAACAACGAGUUAAAACUAAUUGGCUUCAACAUAUAAGAUUUUCAAACAACAAAUGUACACUUUUUUACUUACGAAAUUAUGACCCAAAUGCAUGCUUGUCAAAAGUUCAGUGUGUGAACCUCCGCCACCUAGGAAAACUUGUUGAUCACAAACCUGUUCAUUUCUAGCAAAGCAAGGGUAAUUUGGAAUACCAAAUACCGAUCUAACCUGAAAAAAUGUAACUUUCAAACUUUACUUAUGUUGAUACUAACAAAUCAGCAAUGGCAAAACCAAUCAAAGCAAGGGAAAUUCAAGUCAAAGUACCUGCAUCCCAAAAGUUGGACUAGAUGCUUGCAACCCAUUUGAACUAAGAUUCAAUCGAGCUCCCCAUUCAAUUCGAUGGCUGGAUUUUGGUUUGACAGGAUUCUUUGACUUGUUAGAUGGUUUCCUAGCCCUAUGACAACAAAAUCUACAAUUUGCAGUCUCUCCCUUCUUAUUUUUUUGGGUUGUUGCCUAUGUUGCUGCAAAUCCUUUUGCUUCAGCAUAAUCUUGAUAUAACUCAAAGAUUUCAUCAGCUGAAGAAUAGGACACACCCACCACUGGUACCCACUUCCAUUCACUUCUAUUAUAACCAUUUUGCUCGGGUGAUUGAAUAGUAUUACCUCGAUCAUUGAUUUCAUCAUCUUCAACCAUGAUAGUGUCUUGUUCCAUACUUCCAGCUUCUUUCGCUUCAGUUGACUCUUUAACCAAUUGGACUGCAAAAAAAGCUACUGGUUAGAUUUUAGGGUUCCUUCAAUAGUGGAAAAAAUACAACAACAACAAGAAGAAACAAACUUACAGAUUAGAGAGGUAGUGUGAAUGAAGGUAUUUCUUCACCGUCAAUGGCGAAAUCCGGCAGCCGCCAAUGGAGCUCGACCCUUUUCGUGAAGGGGCUACUUGCUCCUCUCAAGGAAAAAAAGAGAUGAAAAAGAUUACAUGAACAAGGGGCUGGAAUUAAGGCUUAUCGGAAUAUGUUUGGGUGGAGAAUCACAGGAUUAUGAUGAGAAGGCAAUGUUCUGUGAAAAAAAAAGGCAACAAUGGUGGGUAUCUUCGUGGGGAAGAAGGGGAAAGGAAGCGUGAAGAGUCAGGAGAAGGCUUUUAUCUUCUCCUUUCCUUUCCUUUAUCUAGGGAUGGCAAAAAUAUCCGUAACCGUGGAUAUCCGCCCGAAUCCGACCUAAUCGGGUAGGGUAAAAUCCGAAUUCGAAAGACUUUUAGUGGGUACGGGUAAAACCCGAACCCGAAUAUUGCGGGUAAUGGGUGGGCAUGGUUUUCUCACUAUCCAACCCGAACCCGCCCGAUUAUACACAUGCAUAUGUAUUUUGUCUAGAAAUAAUCAAUAUUUUUCUCUAACAUAUUUUAUAUUUAGCAUAUAAAUAUAAUUUUCUUAUGAAAUUGUGUUGUUUUAAUUAAUUUUCUUCAUUCUAGUGAAUUAUUGCCGUAUUUUUCCUCUUACGUAACGUGAGAAUACGUGUAAAUAUUAACAUAUUGAUUGGAGUUAUAAAGAAAAACUAUUACCCAUGGAUAACCGUGGAUACCCGAAACCCAAACGGGUAUGGGCAUGGUUUGGGUUUUCUACCCGUUUCUUAUGUGGGUAUGGAUAUGUGUAAAACCCGAACUACUUUGGGUAGGGUAACGGAUAUGCACUAUCCGUCCCCGACCCGACCCAUUGCCAUCCCUACCUUUAUAUGAUAAAACAAAAUUGCUUUUAUUUCUCCUUUCUUUCAAACUUCUCGUAUCUCUUUAUCUCCCAUGAGAUAUUGGAUUUCACAAAUGAGUUUUUGAAUUUUAUAUUAUUAAACUCUUAGUUGCUGUGGCACUUGAAGUUCCAAGAGACAGCUCUCUUCCAAAAAAAUUCUUCAAACCACCCACAAAUAUCAGCAGGUACGCUCUUCACAGUUCGCCGGAGCUCUCAGCUGCCGUAUCUGGAAGACGAGUUCCACCGGGAGGCAGGCUUUCGUCAGCCUUAUUAUUCUUAUCAACCGAAUUUAGAGUACAUUACACAGUAAGUUGCGUCCUCAGUAUCUCUUUCUUCGGCCGUCGUCGUCCCGAUACGCGGCGGCAGAGCUCAUGCCAGAUUUCAGGUUCCUGCCACUUCAGUGCUUCAAUUGCCUCCGUAAUUUUAUGAACUGAAGGUUCAGUUUGAUUUCGUAGUUUUAUCAGUUUUAAAAAGGAAAGGGUUUCUGACCAAUGGUGGUUACAGUGUUGGCGCCCUCGCAACCUGAUUGUUUCUCCAAGUCCAGUUUCCUUCCUCUGCCUAUUCCCUGUAGGAAAUCAUGGAUUCAAAUUUCAAACCCUAAAGAGAAAAUUAGCAACCCAUCGGUUUCAAUCUCCUGUGCUGCUCCCAAAAUUGUUCGUAGCCGGCCGCUAGACAAUCUCGUCGUGAAGCAGAACAGCAUUCGGUUUGUCCAAAAGCUCAGAACCCUACUUCUCUCCAAGCCAAAACACUAUCUCCCGAUACACAUCCUCGCCAAAUGCCGUUCUUAUCUCGGUCUCCCCGACCGUCGUCCCAUCAGAAGCAUGAUUCAUAGGUACCCUUCUAUAUUCGAGUUCUUUGCAAUCCCUACACAUCCAUCUCCAUUCAAUGCCACAAAGCCGCACAAUCAGUUCUGUGUUCGAUUGACCCUGGCGGCAGAAGCCCUAGCUGCUGAGGAAUCCAAGCUCCAAUCUGCCAUUUCUAUCAAACUGGCACAGAAACUGCAGAAGCUGCUGAUGCUUGCUUCUAACCGCCGGCUGGUUCUAACAAAGCUGGUUCACCUAGCACCUGAUCUCGGCCUCCCACCUAAUUUCAGGUCUCGCCUCUGCAACGAUCAUCCGGAUAAAUUCAAGAUUGUGGAGACAUCUUAUGGUCGUGCCCUGGAGCUCGUGUCGUGGGAUGAGCAGUUAGCUGUUCCUAGACCAACUCCAGUUGUUUCUCGCGAUUUGAUUAUGGAUAGGCCAUUGAAAUUCAAGAGGUUGCAGCUUAGAAAGGGAUUGAAUCUGAAGAGGCGGCAUGAGAGUUUCCUGAUUAAGCUCUCGGAACUGCCUGAUGUGUGCCCUUAUAAUACCACUAUGGAGGAAUUCAGUCAAGAGUCCAUGGAAGCGGAGAAGAGAGCGUGUGCUCUGGUGAGGGAGGUGUUGGGUUUGACAGUUGAGAAGAGGACUUUGCUAGACCAUUUGACACAUUUCAGGAAGGAAUUCGGGCUCCCCAACAAGUUGAAGGGUAUGAUUCUGAGGCAUCCGGAGUUGUUCUAUAUGAGCUUGAAAGGUGUGAGACAUUCUGUGUUCUUGGUGGAGGGUUUCAAUGAGAAAGGUAAACUCUUUGAGAAAGAUGAUACUUCAGUCAUCAGGGAUAGGUUGAUGCAUUUGGUUAGGGAGUCGAAAAGAAUGAGACAAGAGAGGCGUAAGGCUGCGAUGAAUAGAAGGGUUGAUGGAGCCUCGAAUGAUGUCAGUAACAGUGAUGGAUUUCAUGAUCUCAAUGAUGAUGAGUACGAUGAUGGGUUUGAGAAUAUUUUUGAGGAUUCGGAUCUUGAGGAUUUUGAUGUUGACUCAUUUGAAGGCAUUGGGGUUUGGGGCGAUAGAGAGAAUAUGGAUUUUUGGGCUGCAGAUGCUUCCUUUCUUUCUGAUCAUGAAGCCGGGGAAUCUCCCCCUGACCAAUGGUAGUGAGAUAUGGCCAUCCAUCAGUUGUUGUAAUGAGUCAUUUCUACAGGUUAGCAUAGGCUUAUACUCGAUCUUCUUUCCCUGUCCAUGUUAUGCAUGAUAUCACACCUCCAACAACUUACAUUAUUGAAUGUACAUCUAAAGCCCAAUUUUCAGUAAUCCCUGAACUGUUUCUUCUAUAAUCUGGCCAGUAGCCUUCUGGUUCUAGGAGAGCUCAAUCUGAAUAGCUACACUCUUCCUGAUCUUUGUACAGUUGUUCCUUAACCGAAAGGGCUGACAGCUUUAGCCUGCAACUGAGAAUGAUGGUAGCUGUUCGUAAACCUGGAAGAUGGUGCAAGAAUUAAUCAAGCUCCACGAUCUUUUCAUUUUCUAUUUUAUCCUUGGGUUGUGUUAAUAUCGUGGAUGUGGAGCUCCGAUACUUCAUCUUGAAUUGUCCCUUGCUUGAAGAGUUGAGUGUGUCAGCGUCAAGUUUCUUACUUAACCUCAGGGUCGUGGGAUCUUCUUCAUCACUACUUAAGUAGUGAUGGCAACAAAACCCGAACUCACGGGUAUCGUACCCGACCCAAUCCGGUCAACGAGGGUAAAACCCGUGUUGACGGGUUUUGACCCGGGUUUGGGUUUAAACCCGUUUAUUAUUCACCGGGUUUGGGUUUGGGUUUAGGUAAACCCGCCCCAUGGGUACCUGCCCACACCCAUAUAAUUAAUUUUACCGGUAUAUUUAAUAUUCUAAACAACUAAUCUUCUUUAUGUUUGCGGAGACAUGUCCGAUUUUUUAUUUGUAAUUGUGUAAAAUGAAGUUGAUAUUAUAGACUGGAGAGUGACGAAGCUUAAUUGACAAGGAGGAAGAAGAUUUCAAUUAAUCAUGUUUAUGGAUAAUUUGUGAUUUGCUUCAAUUUUUUUGAGUUUUCUAGAUUGGUGUUGAACAAUUUGUAUGGUUAAUUUGUGAUUUGCUUGAAUUUUUAAGAAUGGUGUUUUGUAUAUGGAUAACUUGUGUUGGAAGAUUGAUAUUUGACUUUUAUUUUAAUAGGAACUUGUUAUUGUAAAUUUUUUACGAAAAAACCUAUGGGUACCCAUGAACCCGCGGAUACCCAGCGGGUUGGGUUGGGUUUGAGUUUUCCAAACCUUGUGGGUUUUACCAUAGAUUUUUUCCACUUAUAAACCCAUGGGUUAGGGAGGGUCAUGAGGUGGAACUGCGUGUCAACAACUGUGCCUGUCUUGUAGAUGUCACCUUUGGGUUUGUUGUUGAUGCUAAUAUCAUGGCUUCCCCAGUUGACUCCCUUUCUUGCUAUUUUGUUGCUCGAUUGGAGUCCCUUACGCUGAGCCUUACUUUUACCGUAAGUGGUUGAGAGCAUUGAGCAAGAAAACAUCCGAACAAUAAUGAAUGGAUUUUUUCUACGUGUAUAUGCUUUGACGAUCAUUCAUGCAACUUUUUCCUUCUCACAUUUUACAUUUGGUUGUUGUAGAGUUGGGAAAAGGUUGCAGAGUGUGCCCCAAUUCAUCAAACCUUGAGCUGGUUGACAGCCCAAAGCCGUUGUACCAAGUAGUUUAUCUGGCUGGAUUCCUGUGAUUAAUUCAUCUCUGGGUUUCACAAACUGAGGGUGGAGGUAAUCAUUCUUGAACAAUAAUCGUUUGGUCUGGAUAUUCUGUUUUGUGCGGCUUGUUUCCACUACCCCAACUUGCCUCUUUCUGGUUUUGGUUUGUGGCUUAACUGUAAUAGUUUCUAAUUCCUUUCCUCUUGAGUGCAGCUCUUCAUAUACAUCUCCAACUGCAAACUGUUCCCAUGAUUCGGGCCUGUUGAGAACGUAGUUCGUGAGAGCAUCAGCCUGGUAAAGAUUGUGCGGUUUACAGGGCAUCAUAUGGAGUUGCAGGUCACAGAGUACGCGUCGGUGUAUUUUGUGGGGCUACAGAGAAUAGUGGUUGAUCAAGGUUUGAGCAUCCCUUUCAAAAGAAGCCUAUUGAAAGCCAAAAUGGUCGACCUCGAGUUCAAAUCGAGAGCACCCCUUCAUUUGAAUUAGUAGUAGUUUAGCUAGCAGUUUUUUCCCUCAACGUCUUCUGUGCUGUGCAUGCCGCCAUUUAAAUGGCCUCAGCUAACUGUCUCAGUCACCUUACUUGCCCUUUUGUGCUUAUAUUGAGUAUGUGUUGCACCUGUGGUUCAAUCAUUUUAUAUUGGUACAAAUCUAUAUAUUAACCUGUAAUCCAAUAGGAGUUUGUUUUUGUCAUACUGCAUUACUGCCGAUACAGUAGAGUUUCACAAACAAGGUGAAUAGUAACUAGUGUUUGUGUGUUUAUCUUUAAUUUAACUACUUGAGUUCGCAUCUUGACAUUGAUGCAAAUGAAGUCUCUUAAUUGGG